ACUAGCAGGUCCCCAGGGGAGAAGCAGUAUUCUGGACGUGGGGACACAGGUACAGCAGUCCUGAUGUUCCUUCCAGAACUCAGGGAGACAACUACUGAUGGAGCAUGAGGACCAAGAUGGGAAAGGCAAGCAAAUACUAGGGAGAGAAAGAAAGAUGUGGUCUGAUUAGGCCUUCAUUCCAAAAGAUCUCUGCAGGCUUUGAGGGCUUCUGAGUGGCCACUCUGUUCCUCAGAACUCCAGUUUGUCAGCAGCAAGCCAGGCUGUGUCCAUUUCAUCUGAAGGGUCCCUGGAUAACUUUCAACUCAGACCUCACAAUAGCUGCUACCAGGGGGUCAGUUAUGAUGCGACAAGAGCAAGCCAGUGUCCCUGGGCUUCGCAACACACUUUUUGGGCAAGAAACUGUAAUCAUUAACAGCUCUCCAUUUAGCCUGCAGCCAAGUAUGAUCAGAAAGUGGGAGAAUGACUGCCAGAAGAUUGAGAAACGGUGGAUUAGAAGUGCCAGGGCUCAGGAAAAGAAUUUUAUGGCUGGCAAGUCAAAGAAGAAGGGAAUAUCAAUCAAAACUUGGAAUCAAAUUGACGACUUUCAGGAUCAAGACUCAUGUCACCAGAAGGACUUCUGUCCUACUUUACUAUCAUGGACAUGCAGCAAAUCCCACAAGUUAGACCCAUGCAUUGCCCCUGGGAAAUACUCUCACUUGGAAAGAGAGUUGCUGCAUCUAGGGGGUGUUCAUACCGUGGCAUCAAGGAGGUUCAUGACUCAAAAGCAAGAGGAGGAAAGGACUAUGCUCAAAGAACUGAAACAGCUGUCUUCGGAUUACAAGCUGGCCAUGAACUACAAAAAGCAGCUGUCCCUUCCAUCUGUCCUUGGCGUGCCCCUCGAAAAGACAUGGGAGGCGAAGGUGAUCUUGCCCCCUGAGAAGUUCAGAAUGCCAGAACGGGAGAAGUGUAACAUCAGCAAACAUGUGGCCAGGAUGCAGUUUGCUCGGGCCCUGAACAAUCAGCAUUUGGUGCCUAACACUGAAAAGCUGAAAAGUGCUUCACUCCUGUCUGGAGGCUUCCUGAGUACACCAGCAGAAGCCGACAGGUGCAGGGUCUGUCAGGAAGAUGACGGGACUGAUUCCUGCAUGACUGCGGAGAAACAUGAGACCGAGAACAAAGCUACUCAGAGACGGAAGAUAAAAAUGGACAUCAUCUUCAAGUCCGAAGAACGGAAAACCUGUUUCACGUGCCACCCGCGAGACCGGAAACCCUUCCUGCCCGCAAAGAAAGCUGAAAGGUUCAUUGCUGGCUUAACCAACAGGAAUCUGCUCCCCGUGGAGGAAUUCCCUGGCGACCUCCUACUCUUGUACCAGCAUUUUCUCUCCCAGGGAAUCUUUCUCAGUGACAGAAAGAUCCAGCACCUGCCAGAACAGGGCCUGUAUGCAGAGAACUUGUCCUAAAGCCUUACGUGUCAACAUGGC